GGAAGUUCUCGUUUUUGUCCGCCAUCGUUGCUGCUCUUUGCAGAAGGGCACGACGAGACCGAAACACGGUGCCCGGUGUUGCGGACAACUUGGCUCUUCAUUCAUCAAGCAUGCUGUCCAGGCUUGUUAUCGUUUCAGCUAAUGCCCUGAAAGGCAGCAGCCCCCUCGGAGCUGGCCUGGUCCAGGUGUCUCGCUGCCUCCAUGCAUCACCCCAGAGUCUAUCUCCAGUGGCCCCUCUGCCGGAGAAGGGAGGCAAAGUCCGUCAUGGCAUCAUCCCAGAGGAGCUUUUCCAGCUCUUGUACCCCAAAACUGGAGUGACGGGACCCUACAUGUUGGGCACCGGCCUCAUCCUCUACAUGCUUUCCAAGGAAAUCUAUGUCAUCAACCACGAGACGUUUGCAGCUGCCUCCAUUGGCGCCGUCAUCAUCUACGGCAUCAAGAAAUUCGGCCCGAGCGUUGCAGCUUUUGCCGACAAACUCAACGAGGAUAAAGUGGCCAAAGCUCAGGAGGUGAAAGACUCAGCCAUGACUAGCUUGACUCAGGCCAUCGAGGAUGAGAAGAAGGAACAGUGGCGAGUCGAGGGCCGAUCGAUGCUCUUCGACGCAAAGAGGAACAACGUAGCCAUGCUGUUGGAGACCAACUACAGAGAGAGGAUACACAUGGUGACUAACGAGGUGAAGAAGCGCCUGGACUACCAGGUUGCCCUGCAGGAUCUUCAGCGCCGCAUGGCUCAGGAGCACAUGGUCAACUGGGUGGAGAAGAACGUCGUGAGCAGCAUCACGCCUCAGCAGGAGAAGGAGAGCAUCGCCAAGUGCAUCACAGACCUGAAGGCUCUGGCCAAGACCACUCAGGCCAAAGUUGCCGUCUAAACUGUCAAGUUUCCAGCCCCACUUGAACCUCCAACUCAUUGAUCCAAGACAAGGCGGGCACUUUUUUUUUCUUUUGCAGAAUAAAUAAUUUGCCCCUUGUAGUCUGUCUCUGUCACUCUUAUGGGUGUGUAAAGUAAUAAAUGCUUGUCUUUACUGAA